AUGGCUGUUCCUCCACCUCGCGGCCUCAUACCAUUCUACGCCACUCUACUCGACGGCUGCAGUUCGUCCAAGAACCUCCGAACCCUCACGCAGCUCCAUGCUAAAACCAUAAAACUCGGCAUUUCCCGCCACGACUUCAUUCGAACGAAGCUCCUCUGCUCCUACGCCGCCUCCUCCCAACUGAAGCAAUCCAACCUUCUCUUCUCCUUCUGCACUAGCCGACCAACCUUCAUAUUCAACACCCUCAUCAGAGCCCACUCUUCCCAAGGCCUCUUCUCUCAGUCUCUGUCCAUUUUUCUCCGAAUGCUCGCCGCCAAUAAACCCUUCGACCGCCAUACCUUGCCUGCGGUUCUCAAAUCUUGUGCCGGGUUAUCGGUGUUGAGGCUCGGCAAACAAGUUCAUGGAGCUGUUUUGGUCAAUGGGUUUGGCUUUGACUUGGCGAAUUCGAAUGCGUUGAUUAGUAUGUAUGCCAAGUGUGGUGAUUUGGCGGGUGCCCAUAAAGUGUUUGACGGAAUGCUAAUGAGGAAUGAGAUUUCUUGGUCGGCAAUUAUGGCGGGUUAUGCGAUGCAUGGAGUGUUUGAUGAGGUGUUUGAGUUGUUUGAUAGGAUGGUGGAGGCAGGAGAGAGGCCGGACGGGGUGACUUUCACUACGGUGUUGACAGCGUGUAGUCAUGGAGGGCUGACGGAGAAGGGAAAGGAGUAUUUUGAAAUGAUGAAGCAGAGGUUCGGGGUGAUGCCUGGGUUGGAGCAUUAUACCUGUAUGGUGGAUUUGUUGGGUAGGGUGGGACGGGUGGAUGAAGCAAAGGAAUUGGUUUUGGGGAUGGCGGUGGAGCCGGAUGAGGCAUUAUGGGGUGCAUUGUUGGGGGCUUGUAGGAUUCACAGGAAGGUAGAGGUGGCUGAGAGAGUGGAAGAGAUGCUUUACGGAAGGCGACCUAAUGUAGCAUCUAUUUGAGGCAUUUAACAAUGAAGUACUUGCAAAACUACACCAGUUCUUUGCUCAUGAUGCUUUUGGGGAAAAAUUCCCUUCUCAGAUGGAACAGACUAUACACGGACUGGAAUGCUUUCUCUUCCAUUGCUAUGGAACUUGACUUUGUGGGAGAACAUAUUUUGAUGGCAAUGGAUAUAACUGUUAGAGGCUGUAAAGAACCCAAGGAAGAAAGAACCUUCAUUCAUCACUUUUCGGGUCGAUGAAGUUCUCUGUUGUUGGUUUGGUGUUUCUUCUCCUCAUUUCACCGAUGCUAAUAUCAUAAAGUUUUUUUUUUUAACUUGUUUGUACUGGUUUUUUUUAGUACCAUGUCAUAGUUUUAGUUCACAUCUCACAAACGAAUUAUAUAGCGAAAUAAUUUCCGCACACCCA